GAUAGAACUUGGUGUGUACACACUUUAGCACACACUUUAUUACCAAAAGAUUAUACAAACAACGUUUAUUUAAUGAAAUUGAAAAAUAAAUAUCUCUGCAAUUCGCAAAAUAACUAAUUACGCAUGUUACGCACCUUCAACGCCCUGCGUGGGCAAUGUCAGCAGCUUCUGAGAAGCUCCAUACCACGCCAGAAAACAAAUCAAAUUUGGCGGAUGAAGUCCACUGAUUCUCCGGAGGAAGCUGCACGAAAACUGCGACUAAAAUCUACACUCUACUACAUUACUGCCGGAGGAGUGCUAAUUGUGGGAUUGAGCUACGCUGCGGUGCCACUAUACAGCAUUUUCUGCCAGGCAUACAGCUAUGGUGGCACAACUUCUCAGGGCCACGAUACCGAGAAGGUGGAGCACAUGCAAAAAGUCAAGGAUCGGAUACUAAAGAUUCGUUUCAAUGCCGACAUUGGGUCCUCUAUGCGCUGGAACUUUAAGCCGCAGCAGUAUGAGAUCAAAGUUGCGCCCGGCGAAACCGCUCUGGCCUUUUACACAGCCCGCAAUCCUACGGACAAACCCGUCAUAGGCAUCAGCACCUAUAAUGUGAUUCCCUUCGAAGCGGGUGCCUAUUUUAAUAAGAUUCAAUGCUUUUGCUUUGAGGAGCAGCAAUUGAACCCCCACGAAGAGGUUGACAUGCCGGUUUUCUUUUACAUUGAUCCAGAAAUCACGGGAGAUCCCGCCCUGGAACACUGCGACACCAUCACCCUCUCCUACACAUUUUUUGAGGCAAGAGAGGGCUUGAAAUUAAAUUUCCCCAACUACGCAAAACCUCAUGCAGCUGCAUAAAAAUGAUGACAUGUUGAAAACUUUAUUACUUAGAAAUAAAUGUUUGUUAU